CGCAUCGACUGUCGCUGGCGGUGUAUCCAGAGCUUUGAACGUCGGCGACACUGUUCAGUCCGUUGACUAAUCUUCACCCUUGUUCGAUCUUCAUAACCGGCCGCGGGAUGAGACAGAAUACGUAGAAGAUGACGAAACGAGCUCGCGACGGCGAAAAGGACUUUGAACGAAGCCCAGAGGCUGGUCGCUGCACCAAGCGAGCGCGAGCGACAGCAGCGGCCUGCAGCAGAAGAGACAGGCUAUCGAUGCUGAGCGACGAGGUGCUCCUGCGAAUUCUGUCGUUCCUCUCCAUCAUCGACCUGAACAAGUGCCAGCGCCUGUCGCGAAAAUUCAAGAGCAUAGCAGCCGACUCUCAGCUUUGGAAGGCGUUAUAUUACAACAGAUUCGUACGGCCCAGGGUGCUGCGGUUACCCGGCAUGAGAGGCUCUGCCAUGAUCGCCAACCCGCACGGUCCGGCUCCCUCGUCUGAGCCAGAUGAGUUCGGGCGGUCUUCGUCCAAGCCUUCGAGAUGGCUAGACGAUCACAGUCUCGUCAAACAGGGGAGCGAGACAGACUGGAAGCGGCAGUACAAGCUACGGCACAACUGGACGCAUGGUGUGUGUGCAGUUGACGAAAUUUUGGUCGCUGAGCAGCUUCCCCCUCCUCCACUUAUAGCGCGGAUGCAUAACAGCAUUGUGUAUACGGUUGACGCCGUUGGCGGUCUGCGUGCCUGGAGCUCCGCGAAGAAUCAGCGAGGCAUGUUGGCAAAGACAGAUCUCCCUCCGACAGGAUCACCACCUACCGCGUUGGCAGUUGAUACUACCAGUCCCGAUGGCUCUCUCUUGGACAACGUCGAUGAUCUUCACCAGAUCGCUGUUGGAUUUGAGGACGGAAGCUUCGCCAUCUUCAUCUUCGACCGGCGCAACUGCAGCCUCACGUGCAAGUACAAGCAUUCUGCGUCGUCGAAUGGCAUGCUCUCCACGGUGGCUCUCUGCUCUCCUUACCUUGUUACCCUGACGGCCGCGCAGCUGCUUUCGCUGUACAAAUUCGAGGGUGCCAACGGCGAACCGCGGCUCUUGCAUUCAUUGCGGUCUCACACAACGUGGUCACCCCUCUCGCUAAGCAUUCGCCCCUCAUCGCAAAACAUUAUUGCAACGAUUGCCUAUGCGAUCCCGACGUUUGUGUCAGGCUGGACUGUGGGCGUGCAGGAAAUGUGGCUGUCCCUCGAAGGAAUUCUUUUAGACUCUCGGCUCGCCACCUCAAUCAGUCCGUCUGCUAGAUCGUCUGCAUCUCUUCCCGCUUCGCUUUCCCCUUCGCGAACUGGGUCACCAUGUCCUUCGCCGUCCUUUAGUGCGGCUACGCCGGGCUAUUCAAAGCCUACAUCACUGUCUUACUCGCAUCCCUAUCUCCUGCUCUCGCACCCGGACAACACAUUGACGUUGUACCUGGUCACCUCUACCGAUCGUUCUCUGUCUAUAAGUGCGGGCCACAGAUUGUGGGGGCAUACCUCUUCGGUCUCCGGCGCAUAUGUGGGAGGCCGUGGCAAGGCAGUAUCGGUCACUACAAGAGGUGAUGAGUUACGAAUAUGGGAACUUGAAGGCACCACUGGAAGACGGCGACCCACAAACUCUGAACUUAGCGUGCGGGUGCAAGCACCAUCAUUUUCCUUGUCCUCUUCAAUGCGCACAAACGUUGAAGGUUCAAUCAACGUAAACCCCAGAUGUGACACCGGACCGCAAUCGGUCUCACAGGGGACUGAUGAAAUGGGUGAGAUGAACGUCGCAAGGGGUUGGAUUGGCUUUGAUGAGGAGAAUGUGGUUCUCCUGAAGGAGAGAGGCGUAGAAAGAGUCCAGGCCCUUGCGGUUUACGAUUUUACCUAGAACUGCGUCCAGGGUAUAGAAUCAAACCGGCUCGAAUCUAUGACAUAUUUACAUGUACUGCUCUUAACGUACUUUGAAUGCAAAUUUUACGACACGAAUGGCUGAAUUUCUAUUUGAAAUAUUAUGCUGUACAGAGCGAGUUGAAUUUACACGCAUCGUCCUAAAUCAUCAACCUGAUAUCAGCGGUCAGAAUUGAAUCGAUAUUUUAAA